UUAUUACCUUUAUCUUCUCUGUUUUUCAAAGUCUUCUCUUGUCAAUUUCUUUCUUGAAACCCAUCCCAUUUUGUUUACAUUAUCAUUCUGCUAUAUUAUAAGGAUUGGUGAGGUUUCAGCCUAUGUCCUCUUUCUCAAUCCUCACACAAGACAGAGUCACAGAGCUAGCAAAUACUUGGAACCAUGGAGGCCAAUCACCCAAAGCCUCAUGCAAUCAUGGUACCUCUUUCUCUCCAAGGCCAUGUCAACCCCUUCACCCAGUUGGCCAUGAACCUUGCAUCAAAUGGCUUCACCAUCACUUUUGUCAACACUCAAUACAUUCAUCACCAGAUAACCAGAUCCAAACCGAAGAACAGCACUACACAAGAGCAAGAUCAAGAUCAAGAUGACAUCUUUGCUGCGGCGCGUGAGUCCGGCCUUGACAUACGCUAUAGAACAGUGAAUGAUGGUUUCCCACUGUCCUUCAAUCGGUUUCAGAACCUUGAACAAUUUCUUGAGGGCUAUAUCCAUGUCUUCCCUGCCCAUGUUGAUGAACUUGUUGGGGAUUUAGUACAGUCUGACCCCUCAAUCAAUUGUUUGAUUGCUGACACCUUCUACACAUGGCCGGUGAUGAUAGCCAACAAGUACAACCUUAUCAAUAUCUCCUUCUGGACUGAACCAGCUCUAGUCUUAAACAUUUACUACCACUUGGACCUCCUCAUAAAACAUGGUCAUUUUGGUUGUCAUGAUAAUUGUGAGGACACCAUAGAUUACAUACCUGGUGUGCAGGCUAUUGAACCAAAGGAUUUGAUGUCACACCUGUACAUUACUGAUACCUCAGCUCCGAUGAUGCGAAUCGUUAAGAAGGCGUUCCGCGAAGUUAAAAGGGCAGAUUUUAUACUGUGUAAUACAGUUCAAGAACUUGAAGCAGAGUCUCUUUCAGCCUUGCAAGACAAGCAACCUACAUAUGCAAUUGGCCCCCUCUUCCCCAGUGAACCCACCAAGAAUGUUGUGGCUACUAAUCUGAUGUCCGAGAUUGACUGUACACACUGGCUCAAAACCAAGCCUCAAGGUUCUGUUUUGUAUGUUUCAUUUGGUAGCUAUUGUCAGGUUACUAAGAAUGAGUUUGAGGAAAUAGCUCAGGGCCUUUUGCUUAGUAAAGUGAAUUUCAUUUGGGUACUACGCCCUGACACUAUAAGCUACGACGAAGAAAGGUAUAUUGUUCCCUUUGGAUUGGAAGACCAGAGCGAUAGAGGGUUAAUGGUGCCUUGGUGUUCUCAGGUUGAGGUGCUCUCAAAUCCAGCAAUAGGAGGGUUCUUAACUCAUUGUGGAUGGAAUUCCAUACUGGAAAGUAUGUGGUUUGGUGUUCCAAUGCUGUGUUUUCCUAUUGAAACUGACCAAAUCACUAAUAGGAAACUAGUGGUUGAUGAUUGGAGGAUUGGUCUCAAUCUUUGUGACAGGAAGCCAAUCACAAGGUUGGAGGUAGCACAGAAGGUCAACCGUCUGAUGGGUGGAAAUUUGGGUGAUCGACUAUUGCAGAAGGAGACCAAGAAGGCAAAGCAGACAUUGGGGGAAGCUUUGGCUGCAGAUGGGUCAUCACAACAGAGUUUCCACCGAUUUAUUAGUGACGUAAAGGCUAAAAUUCAAACACGCAUUUGAGAAAUUCUUGUAUGUGUCGAUUCAUGUAGUUUCUUGUAAUAACGAGGAGAGUUGUUUAAAACCGACACAUUUGACACUGCGUUUCUGGUUCAUCAUCAUCAUAUUCUCUUUGUUGUAUUUGUCAUAGGGUAAGAAGUGAUACGUCUAAAAGAAUAGAGAAUGUAACAUAUGCCCGGAACUUAUCAAUCUAUCAAGCUCACUUGAUCA